CGCAACGGCACUUCUAAUAUACUAGCAGGCAGUUCGGCAUACCGUGGUCCAAAAUGGCUCUAAAAUACUACUUGGUAUCGCUCUUAUUCGCAGUGUGUGGAUUUGUCCUUCUUCACUACAAAUGCGAAAAUCUGCCCCUUCCGAUUGUGGGUUAUCAACUAGCGACAGGCUGGCUAUUCCCUCCACACUGCAUGCUAUUCACAGUCGCCUUGGCCGUGAACUGGCUAAACGUUGAGACGGAGUUUGAGCCUGACAUAUCACCCAUUCUGUCGGCUUAAGGCAGGGGUUGGCACUAUUCACGCUGUUAAAAGCAGCUCACUGGACAACAUAUGGAUGGAGAUGAAGACAUGUAGAUUUGGUAACAACAUCAGGAUGAAUAUUGGAUCGGCUACUAAGAGGAAGUAGCAAUAGAGUCUAGACAAUAUUAUGCAGCCUCAAUACCAC